ACCAGACCGGGGAUUUGAUGGCAGGAUGUGGUCAUAGGGAGCCCACAUAAGAAGUCAGCAGGAUCAGAAAACCAUCUUCCUAUCUAAAUUGCAUGAAUGGGCUCAUGUUGACUGCAUUCAAGCUUUGGAAAGCAAAAUUCUCAGACACUGCUGAGCAGAGUUGAAGAGACGACACCCAGUGGGUGGCUUGACAUUAUCAUGGAACCAGAGGACGUGGAUCCUGAAGACAAAGAGAUACUAAAGUGGGAUAUUAAUGAUAUGAUACUGCCACAGGUCGUGAAGAAAACAGACUGGUUCCGCGAGUGGCCAGACUCCUCUUCGAAGCACAUCUACAGCUCAGAGGACAGGAGCGCGCAGAGGCACCUGAGCAGCUGGGCCAUGCGCAACACCAACAACCACAACUCGCGCAUCCUCAAGAAGUCCUGCCUGGGUGUGGUGGUGUGCAGCGGAAGCUGCUCUGCCCAGGAGGACCGCAAGGUCUACCUGCGCCCUGCCAUCUGUGAUAAAGCGCGGCGGAAGCAGCAGAUGAAGUCCAAGGGAGAACACGAUCAUCCCAAGCCGGAGACCAAAGUGGAAGCAGAGGCCAGAAGGGUGAGGAAGAAAGCACACAGGACCAUCCCCUGGGCCUCUUGGAAGCUGAAGGGGUACUCACAGGUCAAGCCUUUCCCCUGCUUUCUUUUCCCUUUCCAGUCUCUUCCAGGAGAAGCACAGAAUUGGGAGAGUUUGCCUUUAACGCGGUCUUUCCAGGAAGGUGUCCCAUGGCCCGGUCCUUACAGUGGAGCUGUCAUUUCUCACUGUGCCCAGCAGAGGGCACUGAAUGGUCGCGUAUCCUUCGCCAAGAGCGAUGGUUUGGGGCUGAGCAGGUCUCUGGCUGAUCCCGCUUCCAGGCUGGGCCCCUCUCAGCUCUAUGAGACCUGUGCAUGGUCCAACAGCGGGCUCUACAAUGGUGCAGACCUGCUUCAACCUUCCACCUCUGGAGUCUCUUCCGAUCACGACGCCCUGCAAGCAGGGAAUAAACAUGUGGUUUUGGAGAGAAAUCCUCUCACUGGCAGAUGUUGCCCUAAUUAUUAUCCUUUUCCUCCGGCUAGCUGGCCUCACGACUUCGCCCCUUCCCUACACUCUCCAGAGCUCUGUUUCCAGUGGAGUUCCCAGGAACUGCCUGCAGCCAAACUGAGCUGUCACCCGCCAUGGCCAAAUCCAGGGGCUGGUGCUUAUGAAGAGAAGGUGCAUGGGGAUUUGAAAAGCUGCUUCCCUUCCACCCCCCACCAGGAAGAUCCUUUCCUCCUCACCCACACCCCUCAUCCUCACCAUCCAGGUUCCCUACCAGGAAAGAACAGGGAAGAAGAUUUGGACAGAGAGACUGGACGCGUGGGUUUACACCACGGCAACAGUGACAUGCUUCCAAACCUCUGUCCUUUCAGACAUGGAAACGUCCCAAGUGAAGGGAAGCCUGUUCAGCAAUUUCUUCCGUCAUUUAGGGCCCUCAGCUCCUCACUUGCUCUCUGUUGGCUCUCCAUCAUCCCUGUUGCAUCCGCGACAACUGAGAUGCAAAAAAGAGCAUUGCAUUCCCACUGAGAUGUCGAUGAAGAACACUGAGAACCCGUGGACCACCGGAAAAACAAGUAAAUCCGUCGAGAACAUGCAUUCCCAAACUAAUUUGGUCUACCACCUUGUUUGAAAAAAAAAAAAUCACUCAGGGCUCUCCUGGCAAUUAAAAAUGUUUGUACUGCAGCCCAUAUUCCCGGAUCACGUGUGGGCAUUACGCCCUGGUGCCCAACAGGGGGCCGGAGUUCACACUUAAGGAAACGCUGGUCUAGAAGAAGAAAUACCACCAGAAGUUUCUUGUUAGAAACAAGGGUGGUGAGACAUUUGGCGUCUUUCCUUUGGACACAUCGUCGGGAAAACCCAGUGAUUAGAAAGUCUAAGGACGUGAUGUUGGGUAAUGUGCGGGCCUGCAAAAUCGAGGGAAAGCUUCAAGGAAAUGGAUAGACACAGCGGUCCCAGCCAUGGAUUCAAGCAGGAGUGUGGUGUGGACGGGGCAACAUGUCAUUCAGUGAAGACUCAUCGGAUUGCCAAGAUCUGGACACCACUCGACAUCAAUUGACAUGAAUCCCAAGCUACAUCUUGGAACCUGU